AUGGUUGAAGCAGCAUUUCAACUUCGGAAUGUUCUUUGUGAGUACAGUCUCGCUUUACCCUCGGCUGUAGAUCGAUCUCUAUACCCUAAUGUACGACUCCAAGUACCCACUUUUCACAUUUUCGGAAUAACUCCAGAAGGGAAAAAAGCUUGUGUGCACGUUCAUGGAUUUCUUCCAUACAUGCUGCUACGGGUUGGAGGUAAUUUCACGCCGACAUUGGAGCAGCGAAUGCGGGAGAAGAUAAAUCGGCUGAUCCAAAGGGAGUUCGCUGCAAAACAGGAAAAAGCAGACAAGCAGAUUGCAGCCAACUACAACUAUGUCUACAAAAUCGAGCCGAUGCUGGCGAAGUUGGUGACAAUUUUCUUUCCUAAUUUGAGCAAAUGCUAUUAG